AUGGCGCCGACGGGAGGACAUCGAUCUUCGACGACGGGAAUAAAUGCAAAUUCGAACGGGAACGUGAAUGUAAACGGGAAUCCGGUGUCAGAUUACCAGGUUGCAGCAUCUAAUUCUACGCUGAAUACCUGGGUUGGUGGUCGUCGACAACCGUCAUGGCUCACCAACGCAAAACCUGUGAAGCCUACUCCUCGUCCUCCACAACCACCGCCCAAACAACCUAUCACUACUACCCAGGAACCCACGCGCCCCGUUCCAUCUACCGUCGAUACGACAAGCCAGGCAGGAAUCGUCCCAGUGCCGAAAACCUCGACAACUUCCAGUUCUGCCUCUACUGCUGCGAGAGCUACCACCCAUACAGCCCCACCGCGUAGACCUCACCCUGUUCCCUCACCUCGACACCCACCCACCCAAACUCCGACUCAAACCCAAACAACAACUACACUCCCAACUUCGACCUCAGCCGCACAUACCAUACUUCCGUCUCCCGCACCUAGUGACGAACCCAGCCCUGACGUCCCCGAGUUACAAGUCGUAUCCAUUGCCCCCACUACAAAGGCUCAUUUCGUACUUGAUACUACUGCAGAUAAUACUCGUGGAGAGCAACCAGAUAUUCGAGUUUCUACUGUUCGCGCACGGACGAACUCGCGACAAAGCAAGGACAUUUCACCAACACCAAGAACAUCUACUCCUACGAAUACGGCUCUUCACACACCCCCAACACCAAAUAUACCCACGGUACCCACGGUACCUUCCGUACCUUUGGUCAACGCUCAGAUGGCGCCUAAGACGGUGCCACCUCUAGAGCAGCCAGAGCUACCUCCUGCAAAAAGACGAUGUACCCAGCAACCUAAGCAACAAUUUCUCGAGUCUAUUGGUGCCUUUCGAAUUCUACAGGACCGUAUACGUAGUGUCGGCGGAGAAUCGGGCCUUGAUAUUCAGAUCGAGCGGCCUCGAUAUCAACUUCUAACUGAAGCUUGUAAAGAUGGAGACUUGUUCUUCGUCGCAAUGCACCAACUCUUCUGUGUCUGGGCCAUAGACCAGUCUAGUGUUCAUCGAUUAUGUCAUCCAGGGCUCCACAACCCAGCGCUUGUCGACAACGCGUUUGGUGUUAUGGGUACACUUCUCAAGAGCAACUCAAAGCUUCGGCUGGAACAUGUUCAAUGGUUUGCAAGUUUCCCGGACCGUCUUUCCAAUAUGCAGAACGUCCCGGUUUAUCAGCAGACUAUCAUGCGUGUGCUUGAUUUUCUUACGCGCGUAGCCGAAAAGUGGGUGGCGGUACAUCGCGAACACCAAGUACAGGGUUAUCCGCUUCUCGUGAGCGAACUAAUAUAUGACCUUUUCGUACUCUCGCCGAUCCUCCAGGCCAUUAUGUUUAGAGCAUCACGAAGAAGCCUAGGAAUCGCAGAUGGGUGUGUCGCGGCGCAAAUGGAAGCUAUUUUCAAGAAGGACCAAACAAACCAUCUCAGUGCUGAUGGGACCCUUAGAGAUCGACCCGCUCACUCACUGUAUACCGAGUACAAUAGAUCACUUAUUGCAAAGUACAAGACCUUCUUUGCGCAAAAUCAAGCUCAGGGCCAACCGCCGCAAGUGAUCCCUCAAGGUCAACAAUCCGUUCAUUACGGAACAAUGAACUAUCAACAACAACAGCAACCAGGCUUGGCGUAUCCGCCUCAUAUAAAUCAGCACGUAGACCCUCGGAGGUAUUCCCAAUCUCCAGCUAAUACGCCAACAAGUGUCCACAGUCCAGCUUUUUUCCAGUCACCGGUUCCGGCUCAUUUCACUCUGUCUUCGAAUCAAAAUAUGCCCGUCGGUACCAGCCCUCAGACUCAAUGGAGCCCCCCAGCUCCGCAAGCGGAAGUUAUGUCUUCGCACUCACCACAUCCGAUGUACCAUCAGGCGCAGGCGCAAUUUAUUCAACAAGCUUCCCCUGGAGUCCCGUCAACUUCAGCUAUGUCUAACCCGGCGAUCUCGCAUGGUAAUUCCUACAAUACCGCUCAACCCAUUGAGCAGUGGCAACAGGGUUAUCAGAACUUCAAUGGUCAGCAUAUGGUAUUUCAAGGACAGGUCCCGACUUCCACGGGUCAAGUUAUAGCUGAUGGUUCUGUUCUUGCUCGUCAUAACGCAACAAAUGCGCAGCAACCAGCGAUGUACCUGGCGAACCAGGCUCAAGUUCCUACUCGCCCUCAACAAUCUACUCGUUCUCAGCCUCGCCAGAAGAAUGGACUAACCCGCCAAGACCGACUAAUCCCACCACGCGACAUGCGAAUUGGCGUGCAAGAUUACCCCCAUAGCCCUUAUGACAGGAUAUCUGUGGAGGGAUCUCUUCAUCAAGCCCACCUUAGGAGUCCGAAGCGAAUACCUCUAGUGUUCGACCCGAAGAAACCAGAGAGAUUUUACCAGGCCAUCAAGUCGCUCGUCCUUCCACCAACGGUCGUCACACCCCAGAGCUACGUUCAAGAUUUGCAAUUUGCCGUACCAGAGCCCGACUAUGCUAGAAUUACUCGGGAAGAAACGAGGCCCGGUGAGUUCUUGCCUGUGAGCGUAUUUUCUAAUGGAUCUCUGCGCUAUCGGGUACGAUGCUGUUACAGGGACGCUUCGGCUCCUCCCUUUACCGAGAGCGCAUGGGUUACCACCGACACCAUUUGGCCGGAGCAUAUCUUCAUGGAGUUAAAUUCCCAAAUAUUAGGGAUUAUGCGAAAAGCGCAUCACUCCAAGGACCUACCUGCCGAAGCUUCCCAGCAUGUUGUUACAGGUAACAACGUCCUUCGUCUUACUAUUCCUAAAGACACCCCUAUACCAAGUGGCAAGAAGCUGUUCAUUGCUGUCGAACAGGUAGAAGUUCUCAGCCACAGUGCCGUGCUCAACAUGGUGAAGUCGCAAGGUAAUCAGCCGUCGAGCAUAACAAGAGAUAUUAUCAAAAACCGUCUUUCAAGCAAGUAUGCGGACGAUGAUGAGCUUGCGAUGGUUGAUGAUUUAUCUAUUGAUGUCACGGAUCCCUUUUCCCGGGCGAUAUUUAACAUCCCUGUUCGUGGAAAUAUGUGCGCCCAUCUUGAGUGUUUCGAUCUCGAAACUUGGCUCAACACGCGACUUGGUAAGAAGUCGCCCUGUCAGUGUGGCCACCUUUCAGGGUGUGCAAACUGUCCUCGUGAGCCCUCGUUUGUGGACAAGUGGAGAUGCCCCUUGUGCGACGGUGACGCGAGGCCUUUUAGCCUCCGGAUUGAUGGGUUUCUUGUAGAAGUACGCUCGAAGUUAGAGCAAGAGAAUAAGCUCGGGACGAAGUCUAUUCUUGUCGACCAAGACGGAAACUGGAAGCCGAAAGAAGAGCCGCAUGAUGAUGACAGCGAAGAUGAGAGCGACGAAGGUGGCGGCGGUCCGAAGGGGAAGCAGCCAUCACGUUCAUCCACCACGACUUUACAGCGGGAUAGACCCCCUAUCGAAGUCAUCGAGCUCGAUGACGAUUAG